AGCUUUUGUUUGAAAUCCUGUAUAUUGGUUGAAUGCAUUAAAGUUACAUCACUGUGACUGCUGUCUGUCACAGUUCUGCGGAAGUAUGCGCGCUACGGACCGACCCGAGGAUAACUUGUGCUGCGUUUUUACGUUGUGCGCGCUGGGGAUGGCACGUCAGGUGGUUGAGCGUGGAUAGAGGAUUCUUCCUGUCAUGCUGUCAGUAUUUGCUGUGAGUUCACCUGGAGCACUAUGGAGGAAAGAAAAAGACUUUUCGUCUGUCUUCUCUUCACGGCGCUGCUCUGUCUGAGCGCAACGCAAGUCCUCAGGAUCGGGGGGAUUUUUGAGACUCGUGAGAGCGAGCUGGUCAGCAUGGAUGAACUGGCUUUCAAGUUUGCUGUAAACAAUAUAAACCGUAAUAAGACCCUGAUGCCCAACAUCACGCUUACCUACGACAUCCAGAGGAUCAACCUCUUUGAUGGUUUUGAGGCUUCCAGAAGAGUGUGUGACCAGCUGGCUCUUGGCGUGGUCGCAGUGUUCGGUCCCUCUCACAGCUCUUCGGUCAGCGCUGUUCAGUCCAUCUGCAAUGCUCUGGAAGUUCCUCACAUCCAAACCCGCUGGAAACACCCAUCAGUGGACAACAAAGACACCUUUUUCAUCAACCUCUACCCAGAGUACACAGCCAUUGCCAGGGCCAUCCUAGAUGUUGUCACCUUCUUCAAGUGGAGGAAGCUGACUGUGGUCUAUGAAGACAGCACAGGUCUGAUGCGGAUGCAGGAGUUAAUCAAGGCUCCUGCAAAAUUUAACCUGAAGGUUAAAAUCCGCCAGCUGACCCCAGGUAACCAAGAUGCCCGGCCGCUGCUGAAAGAACUGAAGAAAGACAAGGAAUUUUUUAUUAUCUUUGACUGCACCUACCGCAUGGCUUCAGAGCUGCUUAAACAGCUUUCAUCCAUGGGAAUGAUGACAGAGUACUACCAUUUCUUUUUCACUACUUUGGAUUUGUUUGCCUUGGAUUUGGAGCCAUACCGCUACAGCGGAGUCAACAUGACGGGUUUCAGACUACUGAACAUAGGUGACCCGUAUGUGGCCUCCACUAUGGACAAGUGGGCCAUGGAACGACUGCAGGGGCCCAAACAAGAUAGCAUCCUGAUGGAUGGAGUCAUGACUACUGAUGCAGCAUUGAUGUAUGACGCCGUUUUCAUGGUUGCAGUCGCGUCCCAGCGGGCCACUCAGAUGACUGUCAGCUCCCUGCAGUGUCACCGCCAUAAACCCUGGCGUUUUGGACCACGCUUCAUGAACCUUUUCAAAGAGGCACAGUGGGAUGGACUGACAGGCCACAUUGUUCUUAAUAAGACAGAUGGCCUGAGGAGAGACUUUGAUUUGGACAUCAUCAGCCUCAAAGAGGACGGCGCUGCCAGGGGUUUUGUGGAGGGUGGAAGUCGCCUUACCAAAAGGUGGAUCAAGAUUGCUGUGUGGAACUCGUACAAGGGGAUGAACCUGACAGAGUCCCACCGAGAGAAGACUAUCAAUGUGACAGACUCGCUCGCUAACAGGACUCUUAUUGUCACCACAAUACUGGAAAAUCCAUAUGUGAUGCUUAAAAAUCACAAGGAGCGGGUUGGGAAUGAUCGAUUUGAGGGCUACUGUCUGGACCUGUUGAAGGAGCUCUCCAACAUCUUGGGUUUUACGUAUGAAGUCAGAUUGGUUGCUGAUGGAAAAUAUGGAGCCCAGAAUGAUAAAGGAGAGUGGAACGGGAUGGUCCGGGAGCUGAUCGAUCAUGUUGCUGACCUUGCUGUGGCUCCUUUGACCAUUACCUACGUUAGGGAAAAAGUCAUCGACUUCUCCAAGCCCUUCAUGACCUUAGGCAUCAGCAUCCUGUACCGGAAACCUAACGGCACCAACCCGGGGGUGUUCUCUUUCCUUAAUCCCCUUUCUGCAGACAUCUGGAUGUACGUGCUUCUUGCCUGCACUGGAGUCAGUUGUGUGCUCUUUGUGAUUGCCAGGUUUACGCCGUAUGAGUGGUACAACCCACAUCCGUGCAACACAUCCUCAGCUCUAAUACAGAACAAUUUCACUUUACUUAACAGUUUCUGGUUUGGCAUUGGAGCUCUCAUGCAGCAAGGCUCGGAACUGAUGCCUAAAGCUCUGUCCACUCGGAUAGUCGGGGGUAUUUGGUGGUUCUUCACUUUAAUUAUCAUCUCUUCUUACACGGCCAACUUGGCUGCCUUCCUCACUGUGGAACGAAUGGAUGCUCCCAUCGACUCAGCUGACGACCUGGCUAAGCAGACCAGGAUUGAAUACGGGGCAGUGAGGGACGGAUCCACCAUGACCUUCUUCAAGAAAUCAAAGAUCUCCACCUAUGAGAAGAUGUGGGCAUUCAUGAGCAGCAGGAUGAACACUGCAUUGGUUAAGAACAAUAAAGAGGGCAUCACCCGGGUUCUGACAACAGACUAUGCAAUGUUGAUGGAGUCGACCAGCAUUGAGUACAUCAGCCAGAGAAACUGCAACCUCACCCAGAUUGGAGGGCUUAUCGACUCCAAGGGCUACGGCGUGGGAACACCAAUCGGUUCUCCAUACAGGGAUAAGGUGACCAUUGCCAUUCUUCAGCUGCAGGAAGAAGGGAAGCUACACAUGAUGAAGGAGAAGUGGUGGAGAGGAAAUGGCUGUCCAGAAGAGGACAACAAGGAGGCCAGUGCUCUGGGUGUUGAAAAUAUCGGCGGCAUCUUCAUCGUCCUUGCUGCUGGCUUGGUCCUUUCUGUUUUUGUGGCCAUUGGUGAGUUCAUCUACAAGGCCCGCAGGAACGCCGACAUAGAGGAGUGCGUGUCUUUUCGUGCUGUGAUGGAUGAGUUGAGUAUGUCCCUGCAGUGUUACAAAGGCAUUACAAGGAGGUCUCAACCCCAAAGCCAAGCGAGGUCAGCCUGCGCAUUUUGUCAACCCAAACCCAGCCCAAAGAGGGAGCGAGUGGGACGAGACCCCAGCACAUGAGCUUUGGACUGAGAUUAGAUCAAAGAUUAUUUCAAAUUUUGCUACUCAGAUUUGUUUCUGGGACACGUUAUGAUAUCAAGUUGUUUCCUCAUCUCUCCUGUCUGAAUGUUGACUACAUGUGUGGCUACAUUAAGCAUAAGAUCAAACAUUAAUACUGUAAUUUUAUAGUAGGUUAUAAACCUGUCAUGUUAACCAUUGCUGUUUCCUGAUGCUUGUCCUGUCCUUGUAUUUCUUGUAUUUGUAGUUCACUGUUUUGAUUUGUGAACUCUGUAAAUAGUGUAUGGCAUAUAUUCGUUGCAACAUUUCUGAUUUUGACAGUAAAAUCAAUUUUGCAAUUUUUUAAA